UAGUUUCCAGCGCAAAAUCUGCGUUACUUGCGGUGUAAUCCCACCGCAGUCUGCACGGUCACCCCUUCCUCUGUCACAGCCUUAAUCCUCUUCCAAGUCCAACAACUCCAUCUUCCGUUUCGGCUCCUUGCACCGUCAGUUUCUAUGACGUGUCACUCCUCCAUUUGACCUUGCUUCGGCGCAGGUUUCAACCCCACUCUCGAUCCACAUAACGGCGCCGUCAAAUUCCCCGUUUCCAGAUUCCCCCGUCACUAUUAACGGAGACUGGACCACCACCACGACGCACAACACACACACACACAACCAUCACCAGCACCACUAAUAAAAAGCAAUUACCCAAUCCCAACCGUUGAACCCCUUUCGUCAUUAUCACAAUUUUCGUCGUCUCCGUACUCCACGCGCGCGCGAGCCAAAUUACGCACACACCACACUUCCCCCUUCUCUCUUCUCUCUCUCUUUCUCUCUCUUACAUUAACAAAAUCAGAAAAACGCACAGCAGCGAGCAUGAAGACCUGACAAGGGAGGGUGAGGUGAAGAAUCGCAGGAGCACGUACUUGCUGAGAGAUUUAUAUCAAUGGAGAUCGCUGAGGUCGGUGUCAAGACACGAGCUCGAGCAGCAUUAGCCAUGGGAGCUACCAGUUCAGCUGCACGAACACCGAAGAGAACGAAGAUCAACAACAGCAACAGCAACGAAGAGCAAAAAUUCUCAACAGCAUCGUCAGCUUUCGUUCAGCUCAAGAGUCGGAGUAGGAGUGCUGCCGUCGUCAAGCUGGAGACGGCGACAGUUCUGCCGGAACUUGAGACGGAACAAAGCUGCUCCAGUCCUUCCUCCGUUGAAUUCCCGGCGUCUUGUUGUUCUAGCAACGGAUCCAUUGGCCUCGAUGAGGAGAGGAUCAAAUUGAUAGAUCUGGAGGUGGAGAGCGCUCAAGUUGAAACUUCAACGUGCAACUGCGGUGAAGAAUUUGAAAGGAGAGAGAUGAGCCACUCGAGCGAGCUUCCAGAAAAUUUACAAGAGCUGGAGUCAAUGGAAACCAAUUAUCGCCAUCCUUUAUCAACGGCGCAAAACAUGCCAACGGAGUUGGAGCUCGAAGAAUUCUUUGCCACCGCCGAGAAAGACAUUCAGAAACAGUUUCAAGACAAGUAUAAUUAUGAUAUUGUGAAAGACGUGCCCUUGGAAGGACGCUACGAGUGGAUUCAGCUGAAGCCAUAGACGUAUGUGUCCCGCUUUGGCUCUUGUUCUUCUUGUCGCGCAACCGAAGAAAGAAGACAAUGAUCGAUUUGAACAUGCCACUUUGCUGACAAUAAUCUUACGUUUAGUUUAGGUAUUUGAUUUCAGUCUUAUCUUUAAAGCCAGAAAGGACUAUUUCAUUUGGUGUACAGAUUUUAUAUUUCGGUAUCGUAAUGGUGAAGAAGAAUUCAGCUCCGUUUGUUCAUUUGUCCGUGUCAUACGGAGAAGAAGCUUAAAGCUAGCUUGUGGAGAGUUCUGUAAAUUCCCUUGGUGAAGAGCAAACGGUUCCAUAAUAAUGUUACAGCACUG